CCGAGCUUUGCAGGAAACGCUGUGCUCUUUUUUUUUCUUUGCACCUUUCUCGUGCUCGCGUUGGAGGUUGGCAUCCAAACGAGGUCUUAAACUGUUGACCAGAGGACAUUCCAUAGAAGCGAGAGGCGAUAAGAUGAAUUCAGACUCCAGCUCUGAAUCCAGCAGAGCUUCCUCGCCAGAGAUGGACGAGAUGUAUCUGAGAGAUCAUCACCAACACCAGGACUCCAGGAUGAAUUCCGUGUCCUCAACGCAGAACGAUCUGCUGCAGAAGCUCGCCAACGACCACCACAAUUUCAAAAGAUCUGAAGAGAAGCAAGGAGGCAAGUUCAAAAUAAAAAAGCAGCUCUCUGAGCAAGACUUGCAGAAUCUCCGGCUGAAGAUCAACGGGAGAGAGCGCAAGAGGAUGCACGACCUGAACCUGGCGAUGGAUGGCCUCAGAGAGGUGAUGCCUUACGCCCAUGGACCGUCAGUGAGGAAACUUUCCAAAAUCGCCACUUUGCUGCUGGCCAGAAACUACAUCUUGAUGUUGUCGAACUCUCUGGAAGAGAUGAAAAGACUAGUAGGGGAGAUUUACGGCGGCCAUCAUUCUGCUUUCCAUUGCGGGACGGUAGGACAUCCUGCUGGGCACCCGGGACAUUCCACAUCUGCCCAUCAGAUCCACCCCAUCCUGGGCACUGCCCUGACCUCCUCUCCCUCCCUGUCGGCAGCCCUACCCGGGAUCAGCGCAGUGAGGCCCCCUCACACACUGUUGAAAACGUCCUCAGCUCCUCCAGUACCGCUAGGAAGCACCUUCCAGCACUGGGCAGGUCUGCCAUGUCCUUGUAGCGUCUGCCAAGUGCCACAGCCACCCCACGUUUCAACCAUAAGCGCAUCCAGCUUGCCAAGACUCUCUACAGAAGCUAAAGACUUACUGAAGUAAGCUCUGAAUUUUGCCAGCUGUGACUGUUGUUCAGAAUGAGACGCCGUGUUGUAUAAGAAGGCUGAUCGUGUUGAGUUGCAUUAAAAAUAAGACUGUCCUGGGUUGCUGCUUAAACCCGAAAUUACCAGCUAACAUCAA